UGGACGCAUUUCCGUCUCUCUGACGCUGUCUGGGGCUUGAAAGCAGAAAUCCGCACGAGAGCAAGGAAAUUGACAUGUUGAAGGGAGCGGGUAAAGAUCGCGGUGGAGGCUGCACUCCUAAUACCGGCUCCCUGACACAUUUGCUGCUGUUCUCCAGCUAAUUAUUGCCAGCGAGACUGGAACCAACUUGCUCUCGGCGACCCCAAAGUGCCAGGAGUUGUUGCGGAGUUUGGAGUGAGCAGGACUGCAGCUGGAAUGUUAGUGCGGUGACGUUCUAGAAAUGACCUGUUUCCAAUUAGUAUCGAUACUGCAGGUUCCAGCUGCCCGAGCCGGGGCCGAAGGCACCGAGAUGCAUCGCCUGCUUUUAGAUGAGCAAAACGUUUCUCGCCGGGCAAAUAUUUUUUAAUUUAAUAUUUUAAAGAUCUUUGUCCUGCAAGGAGAAACUUGGGGAGGCAGCCAGCACUUCGAAUUAUAUAUUUUCUUUAAAGGCUCCGAUUAAUCGUAUCUCUAAAGUGCAUUGAAUUGUGACGGGCUUCUGAAGGUUUUGGUCUUUGAUUUAAGGAAUAACAAAGUUAUUGAUUGGAUUGAAGAAAGGAUUUUGGAAACAAUUCCAAGUUGUGUCGUUGGCCUGAGUGAAUCGUUAAAAUUUUAUGGAUCAGGUCAGAUCUGUAAAUGUCAGUGAAAGGUGCGCUGUUUGGUUUGGGACUAGAAAGUCGGAUUGUCCUACUUUGUUUUUCAAACGUCAGAAUUUAUGUUGCAUCCCCGUGACUCGACUAUUCGAACUUGUACGGAGGAGAUAAUCAGUCUGUCUGCGAGGGAGAUCUGACUUCAGCGAGUUUGGACUUUAAAGGUGAAUUACAAGACCGACGCGAUAAUGUGGAGCAAGCUGGCGGCGAUAGUGACACGCUGCGAGCGCCCAACACCAAGCGGCUGGUGACCGGCUGCAUGCAGCAUAUUGCUGCCGGGGGCUUCUGACUUUUCUUCUUCCCCGAUAAAAAUGCAGUGCGGCAGAGGUCAGCGUCGUCUGGUUUAGUGGGGGAUGUAAGAUAGGCGAGAGAAGUCUCGCCUAUUCCCCGAUUCCCCCCCCCCCCACUUCCCCUCUCCCUACAUCCAUGCUUCAAGAUGGAUGAGUCUUCGUUGCUAGACCUGCUGGAGUGCUCCGUGUGCUUGGAGAGGUUGGACACGACGGCCAAAGUGCUGCCCUGUCAGCACACCUUCUGCAAGCGUUGCCUGGAGAAGAUCGUCAGCUCCAGGAACGAGCUGCGGUGUCCGGAGUGCAGGAUCUUGGUGGACUGCGGCGUGGACGAGCUGCCUGCCAACAUAUUGCUGGUGAGGUUACUGGAUGGGAUUAAACAGAGGCCAAGGAAUGGAAGGUCAGCCCUAACCUCUGGCCCAGGGUCAUUUGCCUCGGGGAGCGCUGCUUGCUCAGUUUCCUCCUCUCUGGGGACAACGCAGAAGGAUCACUCCGCGACUGCUAAUUGCAGUUCUCCGGGAAAGAUGAAAACGGUGCUUAACUGUGGAACAACAUUACAACAGAGUAUUCCACAGUUACCAUGUGCAAAGGCACUCUAUAACUACGAAGGGAAGGAGCCUGGUGAUUUAAGGUUCUGCAAAGGUGAUGUCAUCAUUCUACGACGUAAGGUGGAUGAGAACUGGUAUCACGGCGAGCUGAAUGGGACCCACGGCUUCUUCCCAGCUAGUUAUAUUCAAUGUAUCAAGCCACUUCCACAGCCACCUCCUCAGGGCAAAGCACUUUAUGACUUUGAAGUAAAAGAUAAAGAACAAGAUAAAGAUUGUUUGACUUUCUGCAAGGAUGAAAUUCUGACUGUCAUAAGGAGAAUUGAUGACAACUGGGCUGAAGGAAUGCUGGGCGAUAAGAUAGGAAUAUUUCCUCUUUUGUACGUUGAGCUUAAUUCCACUGCAAAACAACUGAUUGAGAUGGAUAAAAAGUGUCUGCCAGUUGCACAGAACAGUAAUGUCGCUCCAUCUGCUGCUACCAGUGCUAGUGCCAGCCCAGCAUCGAGCUCGCCCUUAAACAGUGCCGCUGCUGCCUGCGCGGUUCACAGACGCAUCGACGGCAAGAAAAAUGCCAAGAAACGGCACUCCUUCACUUCGUUCAGCAUGUCGCACAAGUCUUCCCAAGCUGUCAACAACAGGCACUCCAUGGAAAUCAGUGCACCAGUCCUCAUCAGUUCGAGUGAUCCCAGAGCUAUUGCCAAGAUUGGAGAAGUUCCACCUUUGUCAUCUAGCGCUCCAACCCAGGCUUCGUCUCUUACUGCUAAUGCAGUUGGUGGUGCCGUGGGACCAAGACCGGGUGCUGCCGCAGGGGAGCAAGGAACAGCACCAAAGACCCAGUUACCGCUCAAUGUAUACAUGGCCAUGUAUGGCUAUAAGCCACAAAAAGCAGAUGAGAUGGAGCUGCGGAAAGGGGAAAUGUAUCGCGUUAUUGAGAAAUGCCAAGAUGGAUGGUUCAAAGGCACUUCACUGAGGACAGGAAUGUCUGGUGUCUUUCCAGGGAAUUACGUAACUCCUGUGUCCAGGGCUCCCUUUGCAGCAACUCAGUCAAGAAAUACAGUGCCAGGAGGCACGGCCCAAAACAUGAAAGGAAACUCUUCAUCAGGCAGCCCAGCAGUAACGUGUCUUGUGAAUAAUGGAGUGAGGCCUAUUCCCCCUGUUGCCAGCCCCCCUGUACAGACACAGCUUCAUGCAUCCAGUCCGCAGCUCAACUGUUUGCGAUACUCAGGACAGCAAACUGUCAACCAAGCUCGCAGUGCCACGCAGAUGGUCCAUCCUGCUGUUCAAGUGCUUGACCGUCCAACAGCAACUGUACCACCACUAAGAACACAAAGUCCCCCCACCCGAGUCCCUGCCACCAUGGUGAGGCCGCAGCCUGUGACCUCUCCACAACAUGUUCAUCAAACCUCUGGAUCUCCUGGCACUAGACCAACGAUUUCACUCACCUCUGCGGCUGCAGCGAUUACUCCACCGAAUGUUAAUGCAGCCAACCUGAAUGGAGAUGCAAUGGGCGGGCCAGCAAGUUCCUUGGCGACUUCCAGUCCAUCAAACUCUGCUCCUACACUAUCCAAACUGGAAGAGCGGAAAAGUGAAAGGAAAGAGAAGAAAAGUGGACUCUUAAAGCUUCUGUCAGGAGCCUCAGGAAAGAAGAAGUCUCGCUCUCCUCCGUCAAUGUCUCCAACUCAUGAUCCCCCACAAGCAGCAGCAGAGAACACCAUGCAGGGAGCCAUGGGCCCCGAUGUUAGUUCGGUCUCUAGCCAUGGCAGGGCUGGAUCUUGCCCUUUAGAAAGCGAAAUGCAAGGGGCAAUGGGAAUGGAGCCACUGCACAGGAAAACCGGCUCACUGGAUUCCAACUUCUCCAUUUCUCCACCCACAAGGCAGCUGUGCUCCUCCAUGGUUGCAAUCCGUCCAGAGCUGAAGCCACUUCCAUGUGAAAGGUAUCGCGUACUUGUUCCUUAUCCCCCACAGAGUGAAGCUGAGAUAGAACUGAAAGAAGGUGAUAUAGUGUUUGUUCACAAGAAACGGGAAGAUGGGUGGUUCAAAGGCACAUUACAGCGAAAUGGAAAAACUGGUUUAUUCCCAGGAAGUUUUGUGGAAAACUUCUAAUUAGUCUUGCUUAUUCAGAGCUGCUGUUUUAUUAUUGAUCAUAAUGACUGAUUGACAUUAAACACAAGUAAAUAAACUAUUAAGCACAAAAUCACAGGAAUCAAGAUUUCACUGCCAUUGUCACUUCCAAAGAUACUAAAAGUCCUAUCUAUAAUAAUGGCUUUUCAUUUAUGAAACUGUUGUAUAAACAUGUACAUACUUAAGUAUGUUGAAUCAGUGCCUUCCCCAUGAAGUCACAAACUGAAACACAAGUACAUUUGCAUUUAAACUAGACUGAAGUACAUUUAUUCUUUACUGUGUAAAUUAUAAAUUUGGACUUUUUUAAAAAAAUAGAAUUUUUAUAUAUCAUAACUUAUUUGGUAAGAUUAGCACAAAUAAUGAAUGAUUGUAUGUGAGGUGCUUUCUCUGACUGGUAAUUAUGAUUUUUCUUCUUGCAGUAUAAUAAUUAGCAAUCAGGAAAUAAUUGGAACUGUCAACCAUCAAGAGAUAAAAAUUAUUUACUGCUAGCCAACUAAUUUGUUGCUUGUUGUUCGAUUAUAUUAGUCAGAUGACUUUGUCUAAUCCACAAAUUACAUCAGUUAAAUUUAAAGAUGUAGCAAUUAGUAGGACCACAUUAAUGAACUGAAAACUAUUUCACCCUACCAACUGGUUGGAUUAUAAGAAAGAUGCCAACUUAUAGGCAAGUUCACAAGAGAGAAAAGAUGUUACUCGUCUAUUGUCAAUAAACUUAAGAAAAUUUGGGAAUUUUUUUCCCUCAAAUUGCAAAAAUAUUGGAGAAAUUACUGUCAUAAUGGGCUGGGAGAAUACAAUCACAUUCUGUAUGAAUAAUUAUUCAGUAAAACUUAGAUUACCUGGCAC